GUAAAAUCCAGUAAACAUGACAACCUGCUUCAUUUACGCAUAAAAUCACACGUGUAGAUUCAGCUUGAAUUGUUGAUUGACAGUUAUUUGCGAAACAAAACAUUUCCUUUCCAUUCAUUUAUUAAUUUUGUUUAUAAGUUUUAUCACAUUCUCCUUAUAAAAAUGGGGUUUUUGAGUAUUCUAAAAAAAAUGAAACAAAAAGAAAAGGAAAUGCGUAUACUGAUGCUUGGUCUUGAUAAUGCAGGAAAAACGACAAUAUUAAAAAGAUUCAAUGGCGAGGCAAUAGACACAAUAUCGCCUACAUUAGGCUUCAACAUAAAGACUUUAGAUCAUAGGGAUUAUAAGCUGAAUAUGUGGGAUGUGGGGGGACAAAAAUCCUUACGAUCAUAUUGGAGAAAUUAUUUUGAAUGCACAGAUGGUCUUGUAUGGGUGGUUGAUUGCGCUGAUAAAAGACGUAUGGAAUCUUGUCGGGAAGAGUUACAUAUUUUAUUAGAAGAAGAACGACUGGCAGGUGCUACAUUAUUAAUUUUGGCAAAUAAACAAGAUUUACCUGGCGCGUUGAGUGCACAUGAAAUAUCUGAGUUUCUCAAUCUUAGUGGUAUAACGACACAUCAUUGGAAUGUUUUUGCCUGCAGUGCUGUUACUGGCAAAAAUUUACUUACUGCAAUCAAUUGGCUCAUUGAUGAUAUAGCUGCUCGAAUAUUUACUUUAGAUUGAUUUUAAUAUUCUUAU